UUUGUGAUAUUACUGCUUUCUUCGGAGUUACCGAGAAUGAACGUGAAUGCAGUUUUUAAAUGCAUGAAGUACGUCUUUUUAGUUGGUGUCCUAGUUGGCGUCAGUAAGGGGAUUCACGUUUUUAUGAAUCGACCUGUCUGCAAUAGUGUUCAUAUUUGAAUAUGCUUUGAAAGAUCGGAUUGUGAGCUUGGUUGUGUAUAGUGUUAAUAUUUGACUGAAGCUGUUCAAUGAUCGCAGUGUUGUUUUCAGUAUUAUCUGCUUGGACACAACCGUAGAUAAGUUGUUAUUGCUUCUGUAUUACCAACUGAAUUAGUGUCUCAAAUGUUGGAAUACCUGGACAGCAUAUUUUCAUUAUUUGAGUGAAUUCUAUUGCAAGCAGUUGUUGAUGCAACAGUGGAGAGUGAUGACAGUUUCAUGCGAGUGUUUGUCAAUAAGAGGUGCGUAAGAGUGCAGUGUUUCUUAUUGUUAGUGUCCACCACGUAUUCUUUAAACCAUGUUUGCGAACGACAUCGUAAAAGAUUUCCUCCACGCGGCAGUGACAACCGGCAACUUGCAAGCUGUCAGAGAAAUGCUGGCGAAAGGAGCAGACAUCGAAGCCGCCGAUUCUUUCAAGUUACGACCGGUCCAUAUUGCUGUGGGGCACGGCCAUUUGGACAUUCUUAAAGCGCUUAUCGCAAGGGGCUGUAAUGUAAAUGCACGUGCAUCUUGCCCUUCUCCGAUUUUAAAAAGGGUCGAGCAGCGUUUGACGCCACUACAUUUUGCAGCUGAAUGUGCUGACCCAAACUUCGCGGUCACUUUGAUCCGUGCUGGAGCUUGUGUAAACGCCAAGAGUAGUUCCAAUGUGUCGCCACUGCACCUUGCAGCACAACACGGUCAUUUGCCUAUAGUGAAGGCACUAGUUUCUGCUAAUGCUGAAAUGAAUGCCGAGGACGACAGAAAAUUCACUCCUUUACUUUACGCCGUGGAGAACAAUUUCGAAGACGUAGCAAAAUUUCUUGUACAGAGCGGUGCUGUUGUAAAUACUAGAAAUUCGGACCGCGCGACGCCGUUGCAUUUCGCAGCAGAGAAGGGAAAUGUUAACAUAACAAAGUUGUUGAUCGAGAACAGUGCCGCUAUUAAUGUAAAGAGUCGGCGAAGCUUUACUCCGUUGCAUGUGGCCAUACAAAACAGGCAUGCCGCAGCAAGUCAGCUUUUGAUUGACAGUGGAGCAGAUGUGAAUGCGAGAAAUACCGAAGGAUGGACCCCUUUGCAUAAUGCAGCAUACAGUGGCUACCCAGCGGAAACCGCAAGACGUUUGAUUGCAAAAGGUGCUAGCGUGAAUGCCAAAGACAGGCUUGGAUUAGCACCAUUGCACCUUGCUGCAGAUACAGAUUUCGCUGACAUAGUAAACAUCCUGAUCGAAAACAAAGCUGACGUUAAUGUCACUGACGAUCGAAUGUGUACACCACUGCAUAGCUCGGCUGGCAAGGGCAGCUUGGAUACCAUAAAAGUUCUUAUUGCUAGUGGCGCUACAGUUGAUGCGAGGUCUCAGUACCAAGCUACGCCAUUGCAUUUUGCAGCAAACUACUGGCAUGUCGAGGUAGUUAAAUAUCUGUUGGCAAAAGGAGCCGCAGUUAAUGCAACUGAUCACACAAACUGCACGCCACUUCACUUAGCAGCAGACGAGCUUUCCGCCCACCGCAGUUCGGGGGCACAGCCACAGGAUUCUAAAUUGAAUACCGUAAAAGCUCUAAUUGAAAACGGAGCAGAUAUGAACGCAAAGGAAAGCAACGGUGAGACAGCUCUGCACAUAGCUGCAAAACUUUGCCGCGGCGAGUAGAAACGAGAGUAUAAAUGCGUUAUUGCGUGCUACUGAGGAGCUGUUUCACGCUGUGAAAAUAUCCAAGUGUGCUGAAAUAGAAAAAUGUCUACAAGAAGGGGCAUCAGUCAACAGCAGAAGUAUCAAGUAUGGAACACCACUUAU